CAGCCGUCCAUUGCUGUCGCGGCGGAGGCAGCACCAGGACUCCUCAGGGAGCGCAGGACAGUGCCUGGACCUGGAGCAGCGGAGGCGCCCGGCCAAGCAAAGAGUGAGUAUGUUAGCCGUGCACUUUGACAAGCCAGGAGGACCAGAAAACCUCUACCUAAAGGAGGUGGAGAAGCCGAGCCCAGGAGAGGGUGAAGUCCUCCUGAAGGUGGUGGCCAGCGCCCUGAACCGGGCGGACUUACUCCAGAGACAAGGCCAGUAUGACCCACCCCCAGGAGCCAGCAGCAUUCUGGGACUCGAGGCAUCUGGAUACGUGGUAGAGCUGGGGCCUGGCUGCCAGGGGCAAUGGAAGAUUGGGGACCCAGCCAUGGCUCUACUGCCUGGCGGGGGCCAGGCUCAAUAUGUUACUGUCCCUGAAGGGCUCCUCAUGCCCAUCCCGGCAGGACUGACCCUGCCCCAGGCUGCAGCUAUCCCAGAGGUCUGGCUCACCGCGUUCCAGCUAUUACAUCUCUUGGGAAACGUUCAGGCUGGAGACACUGUGCUAAUCCAUGCAGGAUCAAGUGGCGUGGGCACAGCUGCCAUCCAACUCACUCGGAUGGCAGGAGCUACUCCUCUGGUCACAGCUGGCUCCCAACACAAGCUUCAGAUGGCAGAAAAGCUCGGAGCAGCUGCUGGAUUCAAUUACAAAGAAGAGGAUUUUUCUGAAGCAACACUGAAAUUCACUAAAGGCGCUGGAGUCAACAUUAUUCUAGACUGCAUAGGCGGAUCCUACUGGGAGAAAAAUGUCACCUGCUUGGCUCUUGAUGGUCGCUGGGUUCUCUAUGGUCUGAUGGGAGGAGCUAACGUCAGUGGGCCUCUGUUUUCAAAGCUGUUUUUUAAACGAGGAAGUCUGAUCACCAGUCGGCUGAGAUGUAGGGACAAAAAGUACAAGCAAAUGCUGGUGAAGGCUUUCACAGAACAAAUUCUGCCCCACUUCUCCACCGAGGGCCCCCAACGUCUACUGCCGGUUCUGGACAGAGUCUUCCCCGUGACUGAAAUCCAAGAGGCCCAUGCGCACAUGGAGACUAACAAGAACGUGGGCAAGAUCGUCCUGGAGCUGCCCCAGUGAAGGACGAGGAGGCAGUACAGGACACGGCUACCUCAGGCCUUCCCAGAGCAAACGUGAAGAAAACU